AUGAAGGAUCCUAUUGAUAACCAGGUGCCCAAAAAGAUCAAGCAUUUGCAGUUUGGCAUUAGUGGGCCAAAGGAGUUUGUCAAAGAUGCCACAGUUGAGGUUUUUAGCCGUGAUUUAUACACCAUGACCGAUAGGUCACCGGCUGAACAUGGUGCCCUAGACUUGCAUAUGGGUACAAGCAAUAAGACAAUCAAUUGUACCACAUGUGGUGAGACAAUGGCUGAUUGUAUGGGCCAUUUCGGUUAUGUGAAGCUUGCUUUACCUGUCUUUCAUAUUGGUUAUUUCAAAGCAGCAAUGACCAUUUUACAAAAUAUAUGCAAAGAUUGCUCAAGUGUUUUACUUACGGAUCCUGAGAAGAGGCAAUUUCUUAAGGAGCUUCGACGCCCUGGAAUUGAUAACUUAAAGCGAUCUCAAAUUUGUAAGCGCAUCAAUGAUCAAUGUAAAAAAAGCCGUCGGUGUCCUGUAUGCGAUUCCAUGCAAGGAGUUGUUAAAAAGGCUGGUCCUUUGAAAAUAAUUCAUGAACGAUUUCGUUAUGCUAGAAAAUCCCAAGAUGAUGAGGGUGAAUUUCGCCAUACCUUCGAUGAAGCUAUCAAGACCUUACCUGAAUUAAAAAUGCAUCUUUCUAAAGCUCACGAUGAUUUAAACCCUCUUAAAGUCUUAAAUUUAUUUAAGCAAAUAAACCCAGUUGAUUGUGAGCUUUUAGGCAUGGAUCCAGAAUUUGGUCGACCUGAAAACCUGUUAUGGCAGUAUGUCCCAGCACCUCCUAUCUGUAUUCGUCCUUCAGUUGCUCAAGAAGGAGCAACUACUGAAGACGAUUUGACUGUAAAAAUUACUGAAAUUGUUUGGACUAGUUCUCUUAUUCGUGCCGCUUUAAGCAAGGGCACCCCCGUCAGUAAUUUAAUGGAGCAAUGGGAAUUUAUGCAACUGUCAAUUGCGAUGUAUAUUAACAGUGAAAUGCCCGGCUUACGCCCUUCAGAUAUGCCUUCAAAACCGGUCCGUGGUUUAUGCCAACGAUUGAAAGGAAAGUCCGGACGCUUUCGUGGCAAUUUAUCGGGCAAGCGUGUUGAUUUUUCUGGAAGAACUGUUAUCAGCCCUGAUCCUAACUUACGAAUCGAUCAAGUUGCUGUUCCUUACCGCAUCGCAAAAAUCCUUACAUUUCCUGAAAGGGUUACUAAUCAAAACAAGCUAUAUUUACAGCAAUGUAUUAAAAAUGGGCCGGAUGUUCAUCCUGGUGCUAAUUACAUUAUUGAUCGUGAAAGUGAUUUGAAAAGAUUUUUACGGUUUGGCAAUAGAAAUCGAAUAGCUGAUGAUUUAAAGAUUGGUGAUAUCGUUGAACGACAUUUAAAUGACAACGAUGUUAUUUUAUUCAAUCGCCAGCCAUCUUUACACAAACUUUCUAUUAUGGCUCAUCUUGUAAAAGUACGUCCAUGGAGAACUCUCAGAUUCAAUGAGUGCGUCUGUGGCCCAUACAAUGCCGAUUUUGAUGGUGAUGAAAUGAAUCUUCACGUACCUCAAACUCAGGAAGCAAAGACUGAGGCUUUGGAAUUGAUGGGUGUCAAGAAUAACCUAGUUAGUCCUCGUAACGGUGAGCCUAUUAUUGCAGCCACUCAAGAUUUCAUUACAGCUUCUUAUUUGCUAUCUUUAAAAGAUACCUUUUUGGAUAGAAAGUCAUUCGCUAACAUCUGCUGUUACAUGGUUGACGCUUCGAUGCAUAUCGAUAUGCCACCUCCGGCUAUUUUGAAGCCCCGCUGUCUUUGGACAGGUAAACAAAUAUUUUCUGUCUUGAUGAAGCCAAGCCGUUUCAGUCCUGUUCAAGUUAACCUAGACGCCAAAACUCGAUCAUUUAGUAGAAUAAAAUCCAAUACUCCGGAAAUGUGUCCAAAAGAUGGAUAUCUAAUGAUUAGAAAUAGUGAAAUUAUAGCAGGUGUUGUGGAUAAAUCCGUGGUUGGUGAUGGAAAGAAAAAUUCUUUAUUUUACGUUAUUCUUCGAGAUUAUGGCUCGAUGGAAGCUGCUGAAGCUAUGACUAGACUAUCAAAAAUGUGUGCUAGGUUUAUGGGUAAUAGAGGCUUCUCUAUAGGUAUCAGUGAUGUGCAACCAGGACAGAGUCUUUCUUCUCAAAAAAGAGAUUUGGUUGAGAAAUCUUAUGCUACGUCGGAUGAUUUCAUUAUGCAAUAUGCGAAGGGCACUUUGGAAACCCAACCUGGUUUGGAUCAAGAAGCAACUUUGGAAGCAAAAAUUUCGUCUACUCUUUCAAAAGUUCGUGACGAUGUUGGUGAAAUAUGUAUGGAUGAAUUGGGACCAAUGAAUUCACCUUUGAUUAUGGCUACUGCCGGCUCGAAAGGUUCGAAGAUUAAUGUUUCUCAAAUGGUUGCUUGUGUCGGACAACAAAUCAUCAGUGGUAAACGUGUUCCAGAUGGCUUUCAAGAUAGAUCACUUCCUCAUUUUCACAAAAAUUCAAAGCAUCCUUUGGCUAAAGGAUUUGUUAGUAACAGCUUUUAUAGUGGUUUAACUCCAACUGAAUUUUUGUUCCACGCAAUUUCUGGUAGAGAAGGUUUGGUUGAUACUGCUGUCAAGACUGCUGAGACUGGUUAUAUGUCUCGACGCUUGAUGAAGUCUCUCGAAGAUCUCUCUUCUGCUUAUGAUGGUACUGUCCGAAGCUCCAACAGCGAUAUUGUUCAAUUCUUAUAUGGUGACGAUGGCUUGGAUCCUACAUAUAUGGAGGGUGAUGGACAGGCAGUCGAAUUUUCGCGUAGCUGGACUCAUUCUGUUAAUAUUUCUGGAGACAAACGUGAUCAACCCUUACUUCCUUACCAGGUUAUUAAUAUUACAAAUUCUUCUCUUUCGCAUCAAAGAUUUGCUCAAAAUUGCAUAGGAGAUUUUAUUCAAACAAUUCGAAAAUUUGUGACUGAGCGGAUUGCAACCCAAAUGGCUAAAGUUCGCGAAAAUCGUGGUUUGUCCCCUAUGCUUGAGGAACCUGAUUUAGACGAUAUGGACGAUUUUGAGACUGAUGAUUUUGCACCGGUCGCUGCUAAAAAGUCCGUGGAAAACAUUAUCCGAGUCACUGAAAAACAACUAAACACAUUCUUAGACUACUGUUGGGAAAAGUACAUGCGUGCUAAAGUCGAACCUGGCACAGCCGUGGGAGCUGUCGGGGCACAGUCUAUUGGUGAACCUGGUACACAGAUGACCCUGAAAACUUUCCAUUUCGCUGGUGUUGCUGCCCAGACUACACUUGGUGUACCCCGUAUUAAAGAAAUUAUAAAUGCUGCGAAAGCCAUUAGUACUCCUAUUAUCACUGGUCAAUUGGUUAGUGCAGAUGAACGCUCGGCGCGUGUUGUUAAGGGAAGAAUUGAGAAAACAUAUCUUAAAGAAGUUACUACUUAUAUGGAAGAAGUUUAUGGCCCUAUGUCUGCAUAUAUUGCCAUUCAAGUAAAUUAUACCACUAUUUCCAAGCUCCAGUUGGACAUUACCUUAGCCGACAUAGCAGCUGCUAUAUGGAGCGAUCGAAAGUUGAAGAUUCCUUCUCAACAGGUUACCGUAAAUAACACGCUUCAACAAAUUCAUGUUCAUACUUCCUCUGAAGGUAAAAGUGGCGAGACUGAACUAUAUUAUCGCUUGCAAAAUUACAAACGUGCUCUUCCUGAUGUGAUUGUGGCUGGCGUUCCUGAAAUUAAUCGUUCAGUCAUUAAUCAAGAAGAUGGGAGGAUUGAACUAUUUAUGGAGGGUUAUGGUUUGCGUGAAGUAAUGAAUACUGAAGGUAUAGUGGGUGAUAAGACAACAACAAAUCAUGUUAUGGAAAUGAAAGCAGUUUUGGGUAUUGAGGCAGCUCGUACUUCAAUUAUCUCAGAAAUUGGUUAUACAAUGGCUAAGCAUGGUCUUACUGUGGAUCCUCGCCACAUUAUGUUAUUGGGUGAUGUUAUGACUUGCAAAGGUGAAGUUUUGGGAAUUACAAGAUUUGGUGUAUCCAAAAUGAAAGAUAGUGUACUAGCUUUGGCUUCAUUUGAAAAAACGACUGAUCACUUGUUUGAUGCCGCCGCUCGAUUUGCUAAGGAUUCAAUUGAAGGAAUUAGCGAGUGUGUUGUAUUAGGGAAAUUAGCACCGAUUGGUACAAAUGUUUUCCAACUUAUUAGAAGGACUGAAGAGGAUGAGGAACAGAAGCAAAAGCGUCUUCUGUUUGAUACGCCUUCCUUGCCUCAACUGAAAAUGGCUGCUUAA